CACAUCCGCGGUCCGAACGCGCACGAUGCGAUCGAAACCUUGUAUAUAACGUCGGGCGCGCUGUCACUCCGUGGUAAACGAAUCGAAUAAAAACUGAUCGAAAUAAGCACGUCGCAAAUUCGACAUAGACGAGACGAUAUAUAAUUUUAAAUAUUCGCAUAAUUUCAAAUCGAAACGCGAAACUUAAAUCGACCCGAUCGGUAUAAAAAAUAUCAUAAUAUCGCGUUUAAAAAACUGUCGCGAAUUUUCCCGCCGCCGCCGUAGCCGAGAUAUGCGCUUGGUGCGGAUGACGUCGGACCACAGCAAGAAGAGGCGCCGAGGCCCGUCGUCGGCGGAUCAGCACGGCGCGGCCACAGCCUCGUCGUCGUCGUCGUCGUGCUCGCCUCCAUCCGAGGACCUGUGGUGGACCGAGGCAGCUGUCAACGAGGUGACCGCCGAGCACCCGGGCGAGUUGGUCCGCACCGGGUGUCCGUACAUGCUGUGCAGCGCCCUGCCCACGCAUUGGCGGUCCAACAAGACGCUGCCCGGCGCGUUCAAGGUGGUCAUACUGUCCGAGGUGCCGGACGGCACGGCCGUCACGCUCAAAGCCGGCAACGACGAGAACUGUUCAGCCGAGCUGCGCAACUGUUCCGCCCUUGUCAAGAACCAAAUCGCCAAGUUCAACGACUUGAGGUUCGUCGGGCGCAGCGGAAGAGGGAAAAGUUUCACCAUUACAAUAACGGUUUCGACGUGUCCACCACAAGUAGCAACGUAUAAUAAAGCAAUCAAAGUUACUGUGGACGGACCUCGGGAGCCACGAUCAAAAUCUCUACACCAAGGCCCCCCUCAUCAAUUCCGUGGAUUGGGCCUCGGUCAGAGGCCCUUUAUGGAGAAUGCAUCAUUUUCUAAUCAUUUGCGGGAGUUAGAUACAUAUCGUCGAGUAAAGACCGAAGAAUCACCCGUCCUCGAACAGUCGUAUCGGUCAACAAACAACCAAGAUGAACAUUCGGAUAUACCCGUCGGCGUAACUGAGUCGAGCAACUGGUGCAGCUAUUCGACGUCGUCGUAUUCGCCAAGUGCCGCUCCACUCGGAGGAGCUGCAUAUGUCGCGUAUCCGGACGCCACAGGACCUGCCGCCACCAUGGCAAUGGAAGCUCCCUCAACCAUGUACGGAGGUGAUCAUCAGGAAGUUCAGCAUAACAAUCACAUGACAGACUUUUGCGGCACGCACCAACAACACCAACACCACCACCCACAACAACAACACGAGCACCAUCAACAACAACAACAACAACACCAACAGGACCUCUUAAAACCGGUGCUCCAUCAUCAGGAUGCAGUGGAAGCAGGCGUCGGCGGCGGUGGAGGCUAUUACCCGUCGUCUUGGCCGACCGCGGAACACCACCAUCACCAUCAUCCGUCGUCGUACCAUCACCACCAUCACCAUCCGGCCGCGGUCGCGUACCAGUACAACGCAGCAGUGGUCCCGCCGCCACCGCCGCCGCCUCCGCCGCAUCACCCGGUGCAGAUGACCGCCGAACCGCCGCCCGUGCCGCCGCCCACCACGAUGGUGCUGUACCCGCACCUGUACUCGACGGUGAAUCAGAACCAGAUACACCUGCACCUGCACGCGCCGUCGUCCGCGGCCGAACACCAAUUGCAGCAGUUGCACAUCAACAACAACAACAACAACAACAGCAUCAAGGACCCGGCCGCGGCCGACCACCAUCACCACCAGUACGUCGUAGACGACGUGGCUGCGCUGGCGGCGGUAGCGGCCGCCGGUCAUCCGGCCACGCAGUUGGCAAUCAGCACGGCCGGCAACGUAGGACCGAACCCGCGUGGCAUCGAAAUCGGCCUGUUACCGCCACCUCCCGCCGUAUCGCUCGACGAACACCACCAGGCGAGCGACAUCAUAACCAUCGGUGGCCGGUACAGCGACCGACAGCAACAGCACACUGACUUGGCCGUCUGGAGACCCUACUGAUCGGCUGCGUCGCCGUUUAUUUUCAUUGCUUCUAAGCACAGACGAUUAUCAUUAUGUGUAUAAAUCAGAUGCUAUACGAUAGAUCUAAAGCGGCGCAGAUCCUAUGUAAUUAUAAUAUUAUUUAUAAUACAAUGUUGACUUUACGACUGUAUUUUCAUACCGAUUUACAGUGGUCAAUUGGUGGCGCUAAACCUAUUAUUAUUAUUAUUAUUAUUACAAUUUCUAUCAUUUUACUGUCAACGGUGUAUUGGUGAGUGAGUGGAUAACCCGCGCAGAAUAAUAUUUUAUUUUGUACGAUUAUAUGAUGUAAUGCGACUUUUCUGAAGACGUCUUUUGACCUCAAGUGAGAUUAUUUUAAACAUUAUCUAAAAAAAAAAACAUUAAAUGCUGGCCUAAUAAUUAAAAAAAAAAUUAAUGUCAUCGGGAAGAAUGAUGAAUUUAGAGCUGUAAUUGUUUUAAAACGAUGACCACUCUUAAAUUUGUCAUCAUUUUAAUCCCGGACUUUUAAGUUGAUUCUUUGUUAUCCUUAACCGUCGUUUUGACUAAAGAGAUUUAAUUUUUGUCGCAAAAAUUCAAAAUAAAAUGAGUUGUAAAAUCAAUAUCAUUAAACUUUAAAUCCCAAGCGAGGUAUAGGAAAAUCCUUCGUAGACGUCUUCUUCCACUCCAGAGCGUCGUAAAUCCCUUCAGCGACAACCUGCUGCGUGUAUCAUAAUAUUUACAAAACCUAAUUUAAUACUAUUGAACACUCAACAAACAUUACAAACCAAUGCAUCAUCAAUUAAUUAUAAUAUCGUUUUAUAUUAUGUAUUACUUGAUCGAGCGAGCGAUGGUUGAAACGGUUUUGAAAUCCGUUAGCCUUUUUCGUUCGUCCGCAUUAGCGCGCGUUAAACUAUUCCUCUGCGCACGCAUUCCGACGUAUCUCAUCGUUUUCUUUUCCUUAUAAUGUAAUGCUGUAUUGUAUAGCCGUAUAGGUACUUACUAUUAAUUAUAAUUUACGUUUUGUACGCACCCGAUGUCCCGUCAGUGUGUGUACUAUUAACUUAGAAAAUCAA